AUGGAAAGAGGAUGGAACCCUAAUCAUGUGGAGACUUCCCCAAAUUGCCCUCGUUGUGGCUCUUGCAACACCAAGUUUUGUUACUACAACAACUACAGCUUAACGCAGCCUAGGUACUUUUGCAAGGGUUGCAGGAGGUAUUGGACCAAAGGUGGGUCCCUCAGAAAUGUGCCGGUAGGCGGUGGUUGCCGGAGGAGCAGGAGAGGCAAGUCUAUUCGCUUAUCGUCCAAUCGUGACCUCUCUAGGGUUUUCCCUUAUGGCAAUUUCAACCGCUUGGUUGAUUCCACCAGCUCAUCCCAUCGUCGCGUUUCCAGAAAUGAUCACCAUUUUAUCUUCAGUGGGUCGAAACCAGAAACCAGCAAUAUUGGGUCAGCUGGCAGCAUUGACAUUGCACAAGUUUAUGCCAACUUCUUGAUUCAUCAGCCGGCCGAGCGAGAAUCGUGUGUCGAAAUGACCGGAUUGCCCCCGUGUGGUACCGCCGGCGAUGAUCAUCCGUCCUUGAUCUCCCAGCAGUUUGCAAGUGCUUCCAAUUAUAUGCCUAUGGAGUACUUUAGUAGUACUGAUCAUGACCACCUAAUUCCCUUAGAGAACAGCCUUCUCUUGGAAUAUUAUCCUUACCAUAAUACCAGUGGGUUUGAUUCAUUAAUUCACAAGCAACAAGAGAAUUAUGGAUUGCCACUAUGGAUUAAUGGGGAAAUGAUGGAUCCAAACCAUAUUUUGAAUGCACCACAAAUGCCUGAGCCAGCUGGGGCUGUUGGGAUUGAACAAGGAUCAGCUCAAAAUUCAGACCAUUUUGUCGGUAAUAAUUACGGGAACUCAGUUUACACGUCGACGUCCGGUUACGGAACCCUUUUCGGGCCUUAG